UAUUUCAAUAAACCUCCCAUUUCAUUUAUUUUACGCAUUUUGAUAUUUAAAUGCAGGACUAAUAACACCUCUAUAUCUCGUAUCCCACUUUCUCUCUCUAUAUAUAUAUUCUGAUCACAUAUAAUUAGAAGGAUCUUUCCCAACAGUCAUCACUUGCCUUUUUGGCUAACACUACUUACAUAUAUAGCCAAAUUCCGAACAGUCUCUAAUUUAUUUGUAACUGAGGUGUAGUUGUUAUUGUUGUUGUAUUAGCUCAUAUAUGUCGUCUUCAGAAGAAGUAGGCGGAGGAGGAGAUGGCGGUAAUGGAGGCGGAGGCGGUACUGGUGGUGGACCGUCUUCAUCGCGGACGCGUAGAGGUGGGGGAAAUGGUGUUUGGCCGGAGCCAUUUUUGGAGGCUUUGGCUUCACAAAUAGCCAUUGAUGCUUCUCUUUCUACUGGUCGCCUUGCUGCUGCUCAAGCAAUCUCCGGUCUUUUUCAGGUGUGUUCAACAUGGAGAGCAGUUUCACGUUCCGAUCUUCUCUGGCAAAAUUUAACCCUCGAAAUAUGGAACCGCCGCCACCUUCUCCGCCAAACAUGGCACGACGAAUAUGUAUACUGGCACCAAACUUCCAACAAUUUCCGCCAACGUACGUACAUUUACCACACUCUCCAAUUUGUACCUACAAACAACAACGACAACAACGACGGCCUUUCUUGCCGUCGUCUCACGUUGUCCGAUCAUCAUUUAGCCGCCGGGUUCUCCGACGGCUCGGUUCAGUUGUUUCAUCUACAGACUAGGGUUCAUUUAUCGACGUUUCAUCCCCAACUCCGUGACCGGCUUGGCCGGUACUCUAGAGCUGUUUCCGGGAUCAUUUUGUCGGAUGAGAACCUUGUUUUUGCUUCUCUAGAUGGUGAUAUACAUGUGGCGGUCAUCAGCGGAGCCACCCCGCCCCGCCGUGCACACUUAGGAGACGUGGUGAAUGACGGCGCUUUAGUAGACUUCACUGGCUGUGAUCAUUGGUGGGUUGGCCUCUAUGCAGGUGUGCCUGGGCGUGCAUUUCACAUAUGGAAUAGUGAAACGGAGGAGCUAAUCUACGUCGGCGGCGACUUAACCGAUCCAGAAGCAGUAAUGGGUUGGCACCUCCUCACCGAGUUAACCGAGCUCGUGGCCCGUAUCAGGAUCGCGACUCAAGACACGGCCGUGGCAUGCACUGGCCUACGCCUCGUUGUAAUCAACUUACGAAACCAAGGCCUGAUAAUCCAAGAACGAUCCUUCCAACAAGUGCUCAUCGUAGGAUCCUUCGAUGCCACGAACGAGUUGCUCGUGGCAGUGGACGGCCAGGGCGUUGCCACUGUCCUUCGAGUGGAGGAUUUAGAGGAGGCAUGCAGGUUUAACGUGAGGGGAGCGUCUCAACGUGGAGUUGUUGGAUGCAUGAAUAGUAGUGGGUACGCAGUAAUGUAUGUGGGAGGAGUUAUUAGGGUUUGGGCGGUACAAAAUGGGGUGUAUCUUUAUAGUUUAAGGGAGAGAAUAGGGGAAGUAAAUGCUACACUUGCAAAUCAAAGGCAUAUAGUAGCUUGUUCUAGUGAUGGUACUAUUCAUUUGUGGGACUUUGGGGCUCAAUAGCAGUUGAAGGGGGUAUUAGGAUUUUGCAUUUUCCUAAUUGGUAUAGUAGAAAACAAUUAAACUGGACAUGACUAAUUAUUUUUGUUAUAUUUUCUAUGAGGAAC